CGCGCACGAUGGAGCCCACGCUGCAGACACAGCCCGAGCCGGCGCACGACCACCGCACGGCCACGCACGAGGACUACGCGGCGACGCUCGAUGGGCUCACGCACGGCGAGGACGAGGGAGUCAAGGAGGUCGACUUGCACACGCCGGCGCACGAGGGCCUCGCCCACGCCUGGCUCAAGCGCUUCAUCCCGGGCAUCGAAAAGCUCGCGGCGAGCUAUGGCCUCGGCAACUAUGUCGUCACGCGCGGGCCCGAGCCGGUCAAGGUGUGGGAGAGCAUGCCGCUGUAUGUGCGCGUCGGCAUGCAGGCGCUGUACCAUGGGCGCGAGCAGGCCAAGUUGCUCGGGUCGAGGCGCGUCGAGGAGCUGUUCAAGCAACAGAGCAUCAAGCAGGGCAUCGCGUUCGACUCGCCCGUCAACGCCCUGCCGCACAUCCAGCACUUUGUCGACACGUACCACAUCGACACGGCGGCACUCCUCGAGCCCGACCUCGCCAAGUACCGCACCUUCAACGAUUUCUUCUCGCGCCGGCUCAAGCCCGACGCGAGGCGGCCGGCGAGCCCGCACGACCCGGACGUCGUCUCGAGCGCGGCCGACUGCCGCCUCACCGUGUUUGACACGGUCGACGCCGCCAAGGAGCUGUGGAUCAAGGGCAAGCACUUUACGGUCCCGGCGCUGCUCGACGACGACAAGCUCGCGGCCCAGUUCAACAACGCCGCACUCGCCGUCUUCCGCCUCGCGCCCGCCGACUACCACCGCUAUCACUCGCCUGUGGCGGGCACGGUCGGGAGCACGCGAUCGGUCGCGGGCGAGUAUUACACGGUCAACCCGGUGUGCGUCAACGAGUCCGAGAUCGACGUCUUCACGCAGAACAAGCGCGACGUCACGCUCCUCUCGACCCCGCGACCAGACGGAUCGGUCAUCCCUGUCGCCUACGUCCAGAUCGGCGCCAUGCUCGUCGGAGCCAUCAAGCGCACGGUCGACGAGGGCGCCGAGGUCAAGAGAGGAGACGAGCUGGGCUUUUUUUCCUACGGUGGCUCGACCAUCAUCGCCGUCUUCCCGGCGGGCUCGGUCAAGUUCGACGACGACCUCGUCAAGAACUCGAAGGACCGGAUCGAGACGGUGGUCAGGGCGGGCGAGCAGAUCGGGCGCUUUGUGUAGCAGUGCCCGCGCAGACACUUUCUCUCGCUUUAA